AUGGCCGCGCGCGGCCCCGAAGCCCCCAGCGGGCGCGCGCUGCGGGACGCGGCAGAAAAUCUAUUUCAGGAACUUCAAGGACACUUUCAAGCUCUGACUGCAACAUUAAACCUCAGAAUGGAAGAAAUGGGAGGUCGCAUUGAAGACUUGCAGAAGAAUGUGAACGACUUGAUGGUGCAAGCUGGGAUUGAAAGUUCCGCUCAAGAGCAAGUGGCGAGGCCUUAUUAA